AUGAGUCACUCGCCGCAAGGUACGCAAGCGUGGGACCAGUCGUCUAAACAAGAACACGCUAAGUGCUGCGAGCAAUUGGCUGUCGGAAAGAAGCAGCCCUGUGAGUGGGAACUAGAGCUGGAAGUGGGCGCGUCCCUCAGUAUCCGGCUGUUGAGGCAGAGGAAGAGGCGGAGGAAGAGGUGGAGGCCCAGGCUGCCGGCGUCUUCCGCCGGUUACCGUGCACCGGGCUGCCUCGCCGUGCCGCUCGAUGGCUUCUCCAGGGCGAGGCGGGCGGCCGAGCAGAGAUUACUUUCUGACGGGCCGCCGCGCCGCCUUUCACCAGAGGCGGAGAACGGCGCUCCUCGCAAGUUCGAGCGCCAGCUGAUUGUGGGGUGGUUGAUGUUGCAGCAGCAGCUGCCGGAGGAGAACCGCGCGCUGCGCCUCAAGGACGGCGGCACGGUGGCGGUGGCGCCACAGGCGGCGGCUGCGGCGGUGGCGGCGGCAGCGGCCGCUGCGGCUGCGGCGGCGGCAGCGGCGGCGGCCAGCACGCGCGCGGCGCCCACGGACUCGCGGCUGGCCUGGGGCUACUUCGACGAGCGCGCCUACGUCCAGAAGGGCGCCCUGCGGCCCGGCGAGGACCCCUACGCCCGCAACAGGUUCAACCAGCAGGCCAGCGACCGCCUGCCCAGCAACCGCGACAUCCCCGACGAGCGGAGCCCUCAGUGCCGGAUGCGCAAGUGGAGGGAAGACCUGCCCCCCACGAGCGUCAUAAUUACCUACCACAACGAAGCUCGCUCCACGCUGCUGCGUACCGUCGUCAGUGUCCUGAAUCGGAGUCCAGAGCACCUUAUCAAGGAAAUCAUCCUUGUCGACGACUUCAGCGACAAUCCCGCCGAUGGAGAGGAGCUGGCUAAAAUACAGAAGGUGCGCGUACUCAGGAAUGAAAAACGCGAAGGCCUGAUGCGGUCGCGGGUGCGCGGCGCAGACGCGGCCACGGCGCCGGUGCUCACCUUCCUGGACAGCCACUGCGAGUGCAACGUCGACUGGCUGCAGCCGCUGCUGGAGAGGGUCGCAGAGGACAAGACUCGAGUGGUGUGCCCAGUGAUCGACGUGAUCAGUAUGGACACUUUCGAGUACAUCGGCGCGUCCGCCGAUCUACGCGGCGGCUUCGACUGGAACCUGGUCUUCAAGUGGGAGUACCUCAGCGCCGAGGAGCGAGCUGCACGCAAGAAGGACCCCACAGCCCCCAUACGGACUCCAAUGAUUGCCGGAGGUCUGUUCGUCAUCGACAAAGCCUACUUUGAGAAGCUGGGCAAGUACGACAUGAUGAUGGACGUGUGGGGCGGCGAAAACCUCGAGAUCUCGUUCCGCGUGUGGCAGUGCGGCGGCAGCCUGGAGAUCAUCCCGUGCAGCCGCGUGGGCCACGUAUUCCGCAAGCGGCACCCCUACAGCUUCCCCGGCGGCAGCGGCAACGUCUUCGCCAGGAACACGAGGCGCGCCGCGGAGGUCUGGAUGGACGAGUUCAAGGAGUACUACUACAGCGCCGUGCCGCUCGCCAAGAACAUCCCCUACGGAAACGUGGACGACCGGCUGGAGCUGCGGCAGCGCCUGCAGUGCCGGCCCUUCAAGUGGUAUCUGCAGCACGUGUACCCGCAGCUGCGCCUGCCCGGCUCCUCGCCCGCGUCGCGCAGCAGCCUGCAGCAGGGCGCCCUCUGCCUCGACACGCUGGGCCACGUGCUCGACGAUGGCGCCGGCCUUUACGCCUGCCACAACUCGGGCGGCAACCAGGAGUGGUCGUUGACGAACGAGGGCUACCUCAAACACUACGACGUGUGCCUCACGCUGUCGGACUACAAGCGGGGCGCGCCGCUGCUCAUGAAGGUGUGCGACGACCUGGACACGCAGCGUUGGCACCAAGUGGACAACCCGGGCCUGAUCAAGCACGCGCGCCUCAGCCUGUGCCUGGACUCGAGGGACCACACGUCCCGCGGUCUCACCGUUGAACGCUGCGACUCCCGUGCACCCUCGCAGCAGUGGCGGCUCUCCGUCAAGAGGCUGUGAUGACGGCCACCCCCGGGGGUCGCCAGGGGCCCACUGCGACUCGCCGACUACCAGGAGGACGCCGUCGCUGCCUCCAUCGCCUCCACUGCCUCUGUGACUGGCAGCUCCAACCUGUCGUCGUCCUCCUACCGUGCAGACACCACCACUGGAGGGAACUCGUCCACCGCAGGCCCGUGAUGCUCUCGCGCCAGUGGGGACACGUGCCAUGUGUGCGUGACUCUUCCCGUUGCUCACGGACCGGCACACAGCACUUUUCAUUGCUGCAAAAUAUGCUCCAUGUCUCCAGUUACCAGGGAUGGGUCUGGUGUUCAGUGACUCUGACAGCGAUCUCGGUUGCAACUCACGUUUUAUGAGGUUGCAGGAGGAACACUACCACUGGACACUUUAGUGGAAAGACAGUUGGGCUUUUUAUGACAUAAUGUGUAUGUGAAUGAGGGGAAAAUGUGCGUGGCAGUGCCGCAGAAAUGUAUUUGUGUGUGGAACACAGAAAGCAUGAAGGGUGUUUUGCAUUUGCUCCAUACCUGCUUCAGCAGCAAAAUGAACGCAAUAAAGGUGGGCACUGUUGUCGAAGUAAUGUGGUUGCGCCUGCCCAGAACAUGUAGGAGUUUUGAACUGUCAGUCUCUGAAGAUGUACAGGGUCUUGGUGGAAAAGCUAGCAGCGGCAUUCGAUGCUGGAAUGUUUUUUAAGGAAUUGCUCCUCCAUUUUUAAAUAAGCAUGUUACUUCAUACUUGUAGUUUACUACCCACUACACUGGACUAGUCCUGUACUUUCAGUGAGGGCUCAUGCUUUUUAUAUUGUGUCCACUACAGUCUUGUCUUCCAGAUUGAAUACACCAGAAAUUUUCUAGUGGCUGCAGUGCUCUCUGUACAUGUACACUACAACUUUACCCCAGUGCAUGCACACACUUUAUUCUGAAUCUCUCAUUUAUGUGAGUCUGUUAAGGAAGUGAGCUGAUCCUUUUACUGGUACUGGCCUUGUGAUGGAUUAACAGUGACUUCAGUGCACUAUGGAGUGCCAUAUUUGUGCACAGGAGUUUCACCUAAGUGACUGUAAAAGAUAAAGCACUUGUAAGAUAUUGUAACAAAAUUUUAACACCUUUAUAUUUUCAUCCAUCAGUGCGUCUAGCACAGAUCAAUAAAUACUUCAAAAUAUGCUAAAUUUUGAGAGCCUUCCUUGCUGAAAAAAUUAGAUUUACUUGUAGUGCCUUUCAAAUGAUCUUGUGUGAGGGGAAAGCUGUGAUAAUUUUUUUUUCAUUCAGUGGCCUAGUUUUGAUAGUUACUAUUUUCACAGUUACUAAAUUGUUUUAAAUGUUUCUGCUAUGGUGUCAUGUUUCUUCAUCCUGUGCUGUAUUUAAUAGAACUCUGCAUCUACCAAGAAAGAUUAAACUGUUGUAAUUCUUUUACACAUUUUUUUCAAUGCAGUUAACCUAGCAUUUCCUUACUCAGGGGAGAAAUCUCUCUUGGUACUGUCACAUGAAGUUUUUUUCCAAGUAGUAAUUAAAAACUUCCUUAUUUUGCUAUAUAAAUUGAUGCAAUAAUUUCAGAACAUAUGUUUUGGAUAUAUCAAAAGUCAUAGUAUUAAACCACAGUCAUGUAAUCAACUAACCAUUUUCAUCAAUAUUGCCAACUUUAUUCCAGUCAAUAGACACAUACAAUAGUCAACAGAUAUAUUGUUUAUGAUGCAUGACUAAAACACAACAGCAUGCAGAAAUUUUCGUAAGUCUAUAGUGCAGUUAUGAAAAUGGUUGAAAACCGAAAUUUAUUUUGUAAAGGAUCAUUAUUUGCAGCCUACAUAUUACUUAUGGAAUGAAUUUCGUUUUGACCACUUCAUGUUAUUAAUUUAUUGUAUGAUUAUAUCAAGUUGUACUGUAAUGGCACAAAGGAAUUAGAGAUGUGGUACAGUGAGCUGUAUUAGACUUUUGUGGCAGUAUUAUAGUUAUGGUUUGAGUCAUAUGGUUUGAGUCACAUGCACACACACACACACACACACACACACACACACACACACACACACACACACACACACACGUGUGUGUGUGUGUAUGUGUGUGUGUGUGUGUGAGAGAGAGAGAGAGAGAGAGAGAGAGAGAGAGAGAGAGAGAGAGAGAGAGAGAGAGGGAGAGAGAGAGCAUAGUAGAGUUGUUUGUUUUAAUUUCAAUAAUUAUUGAAGCUGUUCUAGGACAAUAUUUGGUAUGUGUUGCGAGAGUUAACCUUAUACUAAAAUUCAUAAUUUCCAGUGACAAGACUAACAAGCUUUUUUAUUAUAUAUUCAGAUUGAAAGCAGUUCAAUGGAAAGUUUUAUCAGUUGUGCCACCAUUAGUCUAAAAAUAUACUGGUGUAAGUUAUGCUUUAUUGACAUAACUGAUGCCAGAGAAUGACUACAUAACUUUGUUUAUCCAUGAAUUUGUGGAGUGCAACGUGAAAAUUGUAAACAAAUGAUAUGAAAUCAGUUACAACAAAAUAGAUGACAUAAUACUUUGUAGAAUUUAGAAAAAUAAUUCACAUUUGAAAAAAGUACAUCCUCAAUCUUCCCUUGGUAUGCGUGAUAUCUGCAUCAGCAUCUGUAUAUAUAUAUAAAACAAAAUGGAAAAUCAAGAUCUUCUUCAGUAUAUUAAACAAAAUUUGGAAGUAUCAAUUUCAUAAUACUCAUGGUACCGCUACUGGUCUUUUUUGUGGCUUUCUUCAGAUCUUCACAUUUGUACUCAUCGCAAAAUUUGAUAACAGUGAUGUAAAUCUUUAUAGUUAGAGUUAAUCCUCACAGGAGAUUUUUGUAAUAUACAUUGCUAUUGGUCAACAUUUGACUAUUAGACUUACUCUUAAUUUUUAAUGUAAAUACUCAAUAAUUGAGUGGUUUGUCUUUAGUAAUGUUUCGACCUAAGAAGUUCAUUUAAAUUGUAAUCCAAUGAUGUUUGAAACUAAGUGUAUCAUAGACAAUUUUAUUAUUUCAUUGAUAUGGUAAUCAACUUGACAACAAUCAGCAUUGUUGUAAACAUAAGAUGUCCUAUUUUUAAAUGAUUGUGUUAAAAAGCCUUUAUAUUCUUGUUUAAGCUAAGAAUGGAGAUUAAUAAUGUUGAAAUUUAAUAAGGUUGUGUGAUAAAUCUUCCUAUAACAAGAAUGAAUGAGCAGCAGUUGUUGAAUUUGAUUUCCUUUCCAGGAAGCCUUGAUAUCAAGUAAUUUUAUGUCAAAAAUGGAAUAUUUUAAAAUAUAGAAACAUGUAGUGUCAGGAAUAAAGUCCUGUGAACCUGUGAAUACUGGAAUAAAUACGUUUAAAUAA